GUAAAACUUACUUUGAAUAGUGUUCGGGUUGUCCUGGCACGUUUGAUCCGUUUAAUGUGAAAUACCAAAAUGAAAAACGCGAAGUGUCCGUAUAGACAAAAAAAGUUUCGGAAAUCGAGAUCGUAGCCUACUGCAAAUGCAGACUGCAGUACUGUGCUAGCGCUAGCCCCUUAAACGGCUUACAAUCGUCAACACAGGCGUCAUACACGAACAAGAUGGCGAACUGAACAAAAGGAACCAGGCGCAAACAGCACUAGAGCAGAUGCAACAACAUAACGAACGUGUAAGUACAAAAUUACCGUGUCCGGCAAUCAAAAUAUUAUAUUAUAUUGAUGUACAUCACGGACGUAAAGAACUAUAAUCAUAGACAUACAUUGUACAUUAACGUUGUGAUAUUGUAGGCAAUUUCGUUGCUAAUGGUUGGCAGUACUAUUUAAUUUUCGGAUCUUUAUCAUUUUUGAAAAUUGUGACCACGGUUAUCGUACGUACUGUCUGGUCUUGGAAUACCAUAAAAAAAAGUUUAUAUCAUUAAUAAAAUAAACGGUUCUUAUCAAUACGUAAUACUUUAUUUCCGAUAAUUCAGCGCUUUUGUUGCAGCCCUGCAGCCGUGCAACGGAUGCGAUAAAAACGUAUGAUGAAUAUAAUAUGAUUGUUUUAAAAACACGCAUAUGGUCACAGAUUAGAAUACUAAACUGAAUUGAUGUUAUCACCUAUGAUCCAUGACUAAAUAAUCAUGCCAUGACCCAUACUAAUACUUUAUUGUUCUGCGAAUUAUUAUAUUAUUACCUACUCAAAUACUAUAAUAUAGGUAAUUCAUUUAAUUGGAAUUUAUUAAUUUUGGUAUUCAAUGAUUAAAUUUCGAACAUGGACUUGGUUACCAAGCACGUAUUCAGAAUAUAUUUUUAAGGGGGGAAGGUAAAAUAUUUUCAAUACAUGAACUUGUACUUAGUCUUUGUUAUACUUAAAUAUAUACCUACUUUAAAAAUGUCAAGGGAGUUGAAUCCCUAACCCCCCAUGUAAACAAGCUUCUUGGUAACAACUUUACAAAUGCUAUUGCAAUUACAAUCAAAUUAGUAUUAGCUAACUAGAAUUAUUAAUCAAGAAAGUUUGAUAUUGAUGACAUCAUGUUCCCAUAGUCUGUUGUUCUCAAGAAAAUAAAUCCAAUAAAACUAUUACCUACUAAUUUUGGAACUCGUUCAAAAAUUAAAAAUUAUAUUUCAUCGUUGUUUAUAUAUUCCAUCAGAAUUCAUUCAUCAUUUAUUCACAACAUAUUCAAAUUGUAACUACAGUGCUCCCUCCUUAAUUUUCUUAUUAGUAGCUGUGUGUAAAAUUAUGUACACAAUAAUGAAACUAUAAAUACUUUAGUAUUAGUCGCCAUAAAAAAAAUUAUAAUAAUAAAAUAUUCCCUUGGUAAUUAUCUUUUAUAGUACGUUAGUUAAUUUGACACCUAAAAGUCACGAUUAAAGAUUUAUUAACAACCAUUGAUAUAAAAAUUCAAUCAUGAUGUUUGAAGAUAUCUAUCUAUUUUCGAAGACCGUGGUUUCAAUUACUAUAUAUCCGAUAAUUCUAUUCCAUAUUAGCCACAAAUUAAGAUAUACCGAGUGAUUCUUUUAUCGUUAUACACUCUUUAUUUCGAAAAAUAUUGACUAUUUUUGAAAACAAUUAGUUUUAAAAUGUCAAUUAUCAUUUUUUUUUUUUUGUCUCCCUUAUUUCUAGAAGUAAAAUUACUAGCUAUACUUUUGAUUUUUAAAUGGAAACCUAUACAUAGUAAAUGCCUUAAAUAGGUGAAAUAUUAGUUAAAAUUAAUUUUGGUGCUAAAAUUUUUGAUUUCUCUCCACCCGUUGACGAGAUAUUUCAUUUUUAAGUUUUAGUCGGGAGAAAAUAAUGGUGCACACAAAACACCGAAUGCCGUGCCGCCACACAAAUUAUAACAAUUUUAAUAUGCCAUCUAUUGGCUAACUAUAGUGAAUUGGCUAUUGAAACGUAAUAAUUAUUCAAAAAUAAACUAAAUAUAAUGGAUUCAAUACAUAGGUAUCUAAUAAACAUAAUAUUGUAUUGUGUUUAUUUAUACAAAUUUGAAAAUUAAAUAGAGUUAAUUGCUUGAACAGUUUAGCUUGUAGGCACCUGGUUUUGUAUUGAGUAACUUGCGGUAAGGUUUUGUAUUUGGCUGUCGAAUCAAAUACAUUAACCAUAAUUCUUAUUAUUUUUCAUGUAUUGAUAAUAAAUUUGUAUUAAAAUUAAAUUGCGCAGAUUUUUGGUAUUACACACUAUUAAUCGAAGUAUUUGUAUUACAUUUGGAAUUAAUCAUUGAAAUUGCAAUGGUCUAUAAGCGACUUACAUUAGACAAAUAACUAAAAUGUCUCGAAUUGUAAAAUUUUUUAAAUAUCGCUUAUGAUUCAUAAACCAUAUUUUUUUGUGUUGUGAUUAAUAAACACGUGCCUUUUUUCAAUAGCAUGCAUUUCCACAGUCACCUUUUUUUCAAAACGGGACGAUUUGGCGUUCUUUGGGGACAACGGGACACAUAUUUCAAAAAUGAGACUCUUCCGCCGAGAGCAGGAACGUAUGGUCAGGUUAAGUAUAUUAUAUGUAUUUGAAGGUAUAAAUAAAUAUAUAAAUAACGGUAUAUUAAACCGGUGUACUUUAAGAAAUUCGCUGGACUAAACCGUUUAUACAGUAAAAGUUGAGACCACAGAUAUAUAAAACAAUAUAAUUAUUGUUUUUUACAUCUGUGACACAACGGUUAAGCUUUUUCUACCGCAAUGAGAUGGUCAAAAAAUACCGAUUCCGAUCUUUCCCCAUCCCAAACAUGACUUUCAUAGAUAAUAAUAAUAGAUAAUCUUUAUUAUCUAUGUUUAUUUUCCCCUCGUUAUCUGUUAUCACUUCAUGUUAUCAAUUUUUAUAUUUAACUGGCUAAUUCCAAAGUCCUUUUUUGUACAAAUAAAUUUUAUACCAUUAAAUUUUGCAAAACAGAGUACCUAGAAACUUUAACAAUAUGAUAAGCAGAACCAAUGUUGUGUGAUAACCUGAUAAUUACGAAGCGGGUAAAUCGAUUAAUGCCACGAAUUUCCAACUAAAUUUUUACACUGAACCAAAAUCAUUAAACAGAAUCACGGUCUUAAAUUGAUCGGGAUCAGUAAAGAAAACCGGUUUAUGCUGGCGAAUUUUUUGUACGUCUUUAAUCUCUAUCCCAAAAUAAACUGUGUACAUAUUUUUUUUGCACGUUAUUAAAUAGGUAGUAUAUAGUAGAUAGCCUUGAAAGAGGCAACAGCUGCACAAAGUAAUAAAUAGAUAUGAACACAUCGGUAAAUACUCUCGUACAAUCUUGCGCAUCACGCCCACUGCAGUUCGCUAGACGUCAUUGGUUGUACUAUUUUAUCGUCAAAAUAAUAUGUGUUGGGAACUAUCUUAACACUAAAUCGUAUUUUUUUAUUUUAUACCCUAUCAUGACUAACUAUUGUUUCUAUUAUAUAUUCUGAACGGAGUGAGGAAUGCUUUGGUUUUAUGUUUUUUUUUUUUCAAAAACGAAAUUAAAAAUGUAAUUACACCAAUAACGCAGAAAAAAAUAUUGUUUCAAACUAUGUAUUUAUAAUAACCGGUCUUGUGUAAAACCACGUAGGGUAAGUAGCACGGAAAAUUGAAAAAGCAUUAUAGGUGGAACUAGAAAGUAGAGACCUAAAGUGGUCACUCGCUCGCUGCGCUCACUCACAAUUUUAAUUGAAAAUAACCCUCGAUUUGUUUUGCAAAACAACGCCGGAUAGGUAACAAGGAAAAGUGAAAAGCAUUAUAGGUGGAAGUACCUUUAAUUAGUAUAACACUACUUAUAACAUUUGUAUGUAUAGCCGUAUUGAUAUUAGGUACUUAUCGGUUAUCAUGAAAAUCCGGUUAUGGAAAAAUACGAAAUACCAAAAUAUGGUAUUAUGAUACUUUAGGAGAGAUCGGUAGGCAAUUAUGAAUAAACUGUACAAUAAUUUAACCAAUUUUUUUGCAUAUAUUGGCAACGUUGAAAUAUUGUGACUGGCCUCUUAUCAAUUUUCUGAAACCAGUAAAACUCCAGUCAUGGGCAUAAUAUUAUUAUCACCAUAGAUCUAUAAAAGUUUUAUACAUCUGUGAUUAUCACGGACUAAUAUGUUUCUUGUUAGUGCGUGAUUAUUAUUAUCUAUAUACUGUGCUUUAUAGUUUAUGGUAUUUAUGCCGGCACAUGGCAGGUGACCAAUCAAUGUUCACGUUAGCCGUUAAAAAGUAUAAGAAGGGUCGAUAUUAGUAUAUUACAGUUGAAUACAUUUUGUGUUUUUCGGUCUUUCUACUUUCACUCUUUCUUCUUUAAUUUUAAUCUUUCUGAUAAUGUUUGUCAUAUAAUUGUAUUAUUUAAUAUUAUCAGUUAUUUUCUAAAUUUUCUGUAAUCUAACAGAUUGUAAAUUUAUGUAUUUCCCCAAAAAUAUUUCUGAUUUGCAACUUUAGAAUACCAAUGAAAACCAUACGUUAGUUAAUAAUAUAACGUAAGACGUACGGUUUUUUUUUUUUAUAUAUUUAUUCAGGCAAGUACUCAGCUACUAAGGUUAGUAUAUCUGUCAAGUUUUACAUUUUAGGUAUAAAUCUAGUUUAUGAUCCAAGCUUAGAUUUCAAAUUUUUUUUUUUCAAAAUGUAUGUUUUUUAAUGCUUAAUCUAUUGGUAUCGUUCUUCAGAACAAAUAUAUUACCAUAAUUUCCUACCUAAUUAUAAAUCUAAAACUUUUACUGAAAUUCUUAUUUAUUAUUUCUGACGUUUUGUAUACAAAUCUUAUAAGACAUAAAUUAUAUACAGUAUAGGCAAAUUCCCAAUACAAUAUACUAACAAAAUUUGAUCUUUGCCUCUUUUUCAUUAUUUAUGUUAAAAGUUUUUUCGGUACAUUUAAUUUAAUAUUUUGUGUACACUAUAAUUGUUUAUGGCUAUUAUUUUGUUAUAGAAUCAUGAAUACAUUUGAGAUUACUCAGUCGGUGAAUUGGUACAAAUCAAAUAUCUUAACCAUGAAUAAAUGUGGUGAUCUAAUGGCAUAUGGCUCAAGAUCUAUCAUAGUAUUGGUUAAAGGUUUAGAAGGUAACAGUGUUUAUGAUUUGCAAUAUAAUCGUCUUAAAUUAAACACAAAAAUGUCUUGUGGUCGCAUUGGCGCUGUAUCAUUUUCUCAUGGAACUAACAACUAUAAAGAUGCAUUUUAUUUAGCUUCGAUUGAUGAAGUUAAUAUUUACAUUUGGAAAGUUGAAAGUAUGACCUGUGAACAUUUACAUUCAUUUGGAGUAAGUUUUUUUUAUAUAGGUACCUAAUAUUAUAUUUAAUUAUAAACUUAAUGAAAUGACAAUCAUAAGUUUUUUAUUUAUUUUGAUUUUUUGAAAUUAAUUUUGCAAAUAGGUAGGUUUAAUAUUGGUGUAAUAUGAUUUGAAUUUUAAAUAAUCAAUCUAAGUAUUGUUAAAGUACUUUAUUAUUUGUAUAAAUAUCAUGUAUAAUUUUCCUAGAAUUGUUAAAUUAAUUAAUGGUUGUUUAUACUAUUAAAUUAUAUAUUUUUGUAAAUACUUAUUUAAGUUUCAUAAUUAAACAUACAAGGUACAGUAAAACCUCGAUAAGACAGAAUUGCUUGGGGUUUCCGGAAAAUGUGUUUUAGCACGAACAAAAUAUGAUUUGAUACUGAACUGGGCAAUGUAGAUAUGAGUUAUAAGUGUAUAUGUACAAACAUACAUAUCAAUUUUAUUAGUUUCAUAUAUGUCUCCAUAUAAAGUACAUGUAUAUAGAGCAUUCGUUAUCUAUGGAUAUCGAUAAUACGAAAAAAAUAAAAUUGACUGCUUUCUAAGUUAGGUGUUUUAUGUUAUAUUUACGUCUUAGCAGGAGUUUUCAGUUAGUUUUUAUACGAAAAGGGUCUAUUUCUGGCUUAGUAAAAUUUUCGUCUUAGUGGGAUGAAUUCUUUAUGUAUUUCGACGUUUUACUAUAUUACCAUACCAUUAAACACUAUAGCCAUAAGUAUUGGAAAUAAGUUAAUGUUUGUUUUUAAAUACUUCAAUAAUGAUUUUUUUUUUUUUUUAGAAUAAAAAUAACAAAAAUAUAGUUCUAUUAGAUGUCGUCUGGUUAUAUAAUUGUUUAACUGUAGUAGCAAUAUCUGAUUCUGGAACUUUGCAUAAAUGGGAUAUUCAAGCAUUAACAAUGCGCACUUAUACAUUAGAUAUAAAAGUAUCACCUUUAACAUUAGCGGCUUGCCCUCAUAAAAAAAAUAUAAUUGCUAUUGGUUGUAAAAAUGGAAAUUUAAUUGUUUAUGACUUAACAGGUAAGAAUAAUUAUUUUCAAUAAUUUUUAAAUUUAAAAAUAAAUAAUACAUUUUUUAGGUGAUGGACAAUUAUUACAUAAAGUACGUUACCACGAAAGAAAUAUAGUUUCAUUAGCUUGGUGUCCAGUUCCUUAUAAUCCACUGAAUUCCGAUCAAUCAACUGAGCCUUUAUUAUUGGCGUCAACAGCUUCUGACAGAACUGGUUUAUAUAUAUGUCGUGCUGGUUUAGAUAUGUUUAGAGAAGCUACAGUAUCACUACCAAUGAAACCGCUGAGAAAAUCUAUUUUUAAGUACACAUAAUAUACAACUUAGCUUACUUUUAGGUUCUAAUAUUUGCUUUUUUUCUCAAAAUUUUUUUUGGUAUAAAGCAAUGGUUCCCAAUAGAUGAUCUGUAAGUAGAUGUUAUUAGAUCUGUGGUUGUGUUUGAUCGGAUAGUACUCGUUAAUAAGGCUUUUAUGUUCUUAUACAUCAGUAUCACCAUAGGUUAAAAAUAUCUAUAAUUUAUAUAUUUAAUUAAUGAAGACUAGAAUAUGGUAUCAUUUACUGUUUAUUUAGUUAAAGUAGAUUAUUUUUGUUUGCAUAUUUGUGAGUGUUCAAGGGGGUUUUGGACAAGUAUGAAAAAUUAAGGACUCAUUAGUGAUGGGAAAAAUCGAUAGAAAUUACUCAAAAUACUCUAUUGUUAGAUUUACUAGAUUAUUUUGAAAGUUCUUGAGUAAUUCUCACAAAAUUAAAUCGACUGAUGUCUUGAUCUAAAAUAUAAAAAAAUUGAAUGCAAAUUAGUAAUGUUAGUUGUUGUACCUACUUCCUACACGUUAUUAUAUUUCUUUUCUAAUAUUUUUAAUAGAUAAAAAUAAUUAAUUGAAGGUCUAAUUAUUAAGCCUCUAGCGAGUUUUGAGUAAUGCGAGUUGGACAGAGUAUCGAAAAACUAAGUGUAAUGAAAUACUAAAUUUACUGAAUGAUUUUUUCGAGUAAAACUCGAUUAUUAUAACCUCUUAACUAUCCACUUUUCGGUUGUUGAAAUCACUCAAUUAUUCCCAUCAUUAACUAUCAUGAUACUUAAACACUCUUGAUUACAUAUUUAUUGUUAAAUAGUAAACCUGUUGACUAAUUCUUACACCUAAACUCUAAACUUAAGGAUUUAUUUCAGGUUAGGUGCUUGACUCCAAAACAUUUCAGUAAAGGGUAAUAUUUUAAAACGGUGUAAUCCAACCUUUUUUUGUUUAUAGUCCAUCUAACACAUUCAUAUAAAUACCAUUGGCCAAAGAAAUACAAUUAUGAUUGGGAUCUUUUUGUUUUAAUUUGUAUUUUGAAUAAUGAUAUUUUUUUUUUUUUCAGAAAUAAAACUAAUUUAAAUUGGAGUUGUAUCAAAUGGAUAAAACCUACUAUGAUAAUUGUUACAUCAUCUUUUGGAGAAAUUCUUAAAGUAGAAUUUAAAUCAGGAAAUAAUUUUGAGCCAAUUGUAACAUUAAUUAGUGAAUCUCACAAGGAUAUAAUUUUUUCAAUGACAUGUCCUUCGUACGUAUAAUAUAAUACUUAAUUCAUAUUAUUUAAUAGGAUUUUGCAAGAGUACUUUUUUAAUAUUGAUAUCAAUGAUAUCAUUUACAAAAUAUAUUAAAUAAUAAUAGUUAAAACAGUCAUGUUAUCAGUUUUCUGUUUUUAAUAUUCAGCAUCUUAAGUAAACCAAACAUUUUUUUAAUAAUUUUAUUAUAUACUAAUUGUCUGUAAUAAUGUACCAUUUAGACUAGAGAUUUUUAAACUUUUCAAGGUAAGACUUAUUUUGGAAAUUUUUUCUAAUUUUGACAACCCUUUAGAUACUAAUGACCUCAUUUUAAAUUCUGAGUGUUGCAAAUAAUGUAUUGGUUUUACUAAUAUGUUAAUUUUUUCUUUUUUUUUUUAUCCCGUGUACAAAAAUUCAACCAUAAAUCUUACCCCGAUAUAUACGAGCAGCGCCAUUUUUGAAAGAGAAUUUUGUCCAGAUGGUACUUUUAGGAGGUCAUUUUUUGAUUUUCCAAGUGGUUUUCAUUAUAUCUGGGAAAACCCAGGAAACUUAGCAAAAAAAAAACAGGAAAUGUACAAUAUUAAUGCUCUUAUUAUUUUAUCAAUUUUGUUAUUUGUUGUAAUUCUGUUAAAAAUAUUCAAAGAGACUUGAAAUUUGAACGGAAAACUUAUAUUUGCCUUUUCUAGAUGUGGUAGAAUUUUAAAAAAAUUUAAGCUAUCUUUUGAGUUAUUUAUAGACAUUUAAAUUUUGCGAGUUUUGUAUGUAAUUUUUAUUUAGUAAGUACUCUGUGGUGAAAUUGUUAAACUGAACAGAAAUGCUUGAAAAUUUAACAGGAGGUUCAUUAAAUCUCUGUGGUAAAAAAAAAAAAAAAAUUGUUUGAGGAAAAAAUAAAAUGAUGUGGAACAAAUUUGGAAGGGUGGUAAGUCAGAAUUAAGCACACUGAAUAAGUUUCAAAAUUAUAACUUUCUAAAGUUCAGAUAUUACAUGUUUAUGUUAAAUAACUAUAUUAUCCACUUUACUAUACUUUUGUUGUAGUCGAAUGAUUAUGAAUACGUAUUGCCAUACUAGAAGUUGCGGGUUCAAACUUGGUGUUUUGAAAAGAAAUUGUUUGUGCUUUUUUUCCUUUUUAUUUAAAUAGGGAAAAAACAAAUGCAUUUUAAAUGUACCUAGAGAUCUAGCUAUCGCUUGCUUGGACAAUUUUAAUAGAAAAAUACCCUUUAAUUUGUUGUGCAAACUUUUCUACCAGCAAUUUUGCUCCGAUUUACAAUGAUAGCACUUUUUAUGAAAGUGAAUCUGACUGGGAAGGUACUUUAGGGAGAUAAUUUUUCGAUUUUUCCAUGAGUUUUCAUAGCAGAUGUGAUGAUCCGGAAAAAAACAUGAGAAAAACGAGAAAAUUGAUACAAUAUUAAACAAAUAUUAUUAAAGAAAAUAUAUAAUGCCUGUUUAAUUAUUUUAUCAUAAUAUGACAUAUAUUGUUGACAAAGCAUUACUAUCAACUGAACUGCGCUGAGAAUCGUUUUUUCGUUAGCAAUGGUUUAUUGUUGCUUACAGGUAUACAUUAAAUUAUCUAUAACAGUGUCUGUACCCGUCCCCAUUAUUUUAGAAUGUCGUUUUUAUUUUAAGUACCCAUCUCUUUAAAAAAAAAAAAAAGUUAUGAUGUUAGUGUAAAGUAAAUUUACACUAACAUCAUAUGCCAAAAAGGUAUAAUUAGGUUUAGUAUAUUUAAAAAGAAAAAAAAAUAUUGCUUAUUUUAUACAUAAUUGAUUUGAUUAUUUUUUUCAAGUGAUAGUAGGAGAGUAUAAAGCUAUAAUGAAUAACAGACAAUGAUUAAAACUGAUGAAACUAAAUUCAGAAAUAAGUUACAUAUUAACAGUUUGAAUAUAUCGUAACAUAGAAUAUUGUAAUGCACACUAAUAUCUCAUGGUGUUCAAAAAAUUUUUCUAGAACUGUUAAUAUUCAAUUUUUUAAAUUUUUUUUUAUUUGAUAUUCUUUUCUUUUUUUGAGAAAAUAUCUAUCUAAAUCUUUUUAGUGAAAAAUUGAAUUUAUAUUUUCAUCCCCUUAUUUCUAAAAAAAAGUAACUAUUUAUUCACUUUGCAACAUUUUUCAAAAUGUUUUCUAUCUAAAAGCUUUGUCUUGUCGUUGUAACUAUUCUUCUUUUUUUAUCUGCUAAUCUUUUAAUUUUUUCAAAAUUUACUUGAGAUGAUAGGUUCUUCAUAUUCUCCAAAUUUGGUUUUCUUGACCACCCUCUUCUCUCAUUUAUCUAUCCUUCCAUAAUAUUUAUUAUAAUAUUGUUGUGUUAUGUAACGUGUCCAAAAAACUCAAUUCUAAUUUUUAUUAGUUUAAUAAUUUGUUUUGGCUCAUCCAACAUAUUUAACCACUUCCAUAUUUGAUUUUUUUCUAUCCAAUUGAUCUUCAUAAUUUUCCUCUAUGUCCACACAUAUAAUAUUUUUAUUCUUUUUUUGUCUAGGGAGCUAACAGUCCAGGAUUACCUACACCACCUCUAAACAUACAAUUUAAUAAAUGGUUUUCUAAUUUUAAUCAUUAAGUGACUACUUGUUAAAAACUUGUUUUUUAAUGAAGGCUUGUUUAGCCAAAACUAAUCUUUUUUUUAUUUCUGGUGUAUAUUUUUUGUUCUGCGUGAUAGGUUAUUUAGAUAGCUAAAUGAUUUAACCUUUUCAAUAACUGUACCAUAUAAGCUGUUAGUUCUUUCCAUUUCUUUAAUAUGUUUCUCUACUAUUAAUAUUUCUGUUUUUUUUUUUUUUUUUUUUUUUUUUUUAAUUAAUUUUUAAUUGUAUUCUAGAGCUAUUGAUAAAUUCGUCAACAUAAUAAUUCAAAUCACCGUCAUUUUUUGCUGCUAUACCUAUGUCACUUGCGAACCUUAUGCUGUGUAUUUGUCUCCAAUUUAUUUUCACACCUUUCGUUUUUUAAUGGCAUUUUCAAUAAAAAUAUUAAAUAACAUAGGUGAAAAUGUACCUUACCUCAAUCAUAUUUUAAUCGAAGAGCUUUUUUAACAUCUAUUAUUUAAAUUUGGGCUUUUUGUUGUUUGUGUAGUUAGAAAAUAAUAUGUCUAUUCCUUCAAUCUAUGCCUAUGUGUCAUUGUUUUAAAUAAUCAUUUCCAAUGUUAUCGAAUUUCUUCGUAAUACUCACAAAUUCUAUAUUAAUGCUUCUAUUUAUAUCUAAUAUUCUCUCCAAUAAUAUUGUUUUCACUUUACUUUUUAUUAUGUUUAGUACAAUUUUCGAUGUAUGUGAUAUUAAAUACAAUGACCUACUAUUAGCUUAUUCUUAUUCUGUUCAUUACCUUCAGAAUCGUGACUACCUUACUUAUAGUAAAAUCAUUUGUGAUGUCUCCAGUAGUAUAAUAAUCUUGCAUCUUGUUAUAGAUGAUUUUCUCUUCUUCAUUGACAUUCUUCAAUAAUUCACUUUUUAUUAAAUCCAGUCCUUGCUGCCCUAUUGUUUUUCAAUAUGAUGUCAAACUCUUUCCUACUACAUCUUGUUAAAUGUAAUUAGUCUCUUCUGUUCAUUGUCCAUCAUAUAGCUCUUUCAUCUAUCAUUUAUAUUUUCAGUAUCUAUUAAUAGUUCUCUCAUUUUGUUUUUAACAAUAUUAUUUUUUGUCCUAAUUUGAAACAAUAUUGAUUUAACUGAAUCAUAGACUUUGUAUGUUUGAUCUUUGUCCUUUGACCUUAUAUUUUAUUUCUUCGGCAAUGUCUUUCAUAAUUUCAUACAUAUUUCUUCAACUUCUCUAAAUUUUGUUGCUAUAUAAUAUUUUGUCCUUUGGUAUUGUUUAUAAUUUUCUUUUUUUCCUGUAAGUGUUCAUUUCCUUGAUCAAAUUUAGUAUUUGUUUGUUAUCUACAGUUUCCUAGGUACUAAUCUCUCACUAUACCUAUAAGGUUAUAGGUGAGGUUGAGAGUUUUAAGUACUUAGGACAAUAGAAGUACAAUAGAACGAUGGCCUUCAUGAUCAUGUGAAACAAAAGAUUAAUUGUGAUUGGAUAAAGUGGAGAGAAAAGUUGUUUUAUGUACCAAGAAAAUUCCAAUGAGACUUAAAGGUAAGAUUGUCUAUGUUAUAUGAUUUGGAGUGUUGGGCGAUAGACAGAAAAAUCAAACAAAAAAUGAGUGUAGUAAAGAUGAAAAUGCUUAUGUGCAUGAGUGUAGUGACGAGAGAAGAUAGGAUAAGAGUACAUAAGAAGCAACUUAGAUAUGGUUUUUAUAAUAUAGAAAAUAGACUGAAAUGGUAGAGAUGACAAGUUAUGGAAAGAGAAAUUUGAAAUAGUAAGAAUUAAUAAAUGUGGGAGAAAAGGGGUAGAGAAGAAGACUGAAAAAGAGUUACCAUUAUUUAUUGUCAUCCUUAUUUUUGUGGGUGAAACGACUACUAUCUUAAGAUUUUAAAAUAGUAACUUAUAUUGAAAGUUCCAUUUAUCGAUGGGGUCUUCUUUUAAAUAAAGGUUGGUGUUGAAAUUUUUGAUUUCUGUUAGUCACAAGAUAUGCCAUUUAAAAUUUAGGUAGGGGGAAAGUAAUGGAGUAUCAUUUGUGUGGCAGCACAGUGAGUGACAUUUGUGGCCUACUGUGAAAAGUUGAAAUUUACGUUACAGAUUUGCCCUAAAAGAGAUUGGCCACAAUAAGAUUUAUCUGAGCAAAAGCCAAAAUAUGAUGUUUUGCCCAAGUGCCAUGGACAUUUCGCAUUUUGCCUGGGCAUUUCUGAGAUUUGCCUGAUUUCAGCCUUUGGCUGUAACAUAUGAGGGCUAAUCAAAAAGUAUCAAGACUGGUGGUAGUAUUACUUGGAAACUGAGCAUUGAAGAGCAGUAAGAUUGAUAUCACUUGCUUCUAUGAUUUUUUCUGAGUACAUUUGUUUUUAUUGAUUCUUUAUAAACUUCUUUGGUUUGAUUUUCGAUAUUUUUGUAAAAUAUAUUUUUCGAGUUUGGCAAUUUUGUGUAAUGAAUCCAAAAGAAAAGAGACUUGACAGUUUUAGAGAUUUUAGAAAAUUUAUCUGCAUUUUUGUGCAGUUUCAGAGAGAUGCAACAUUUCAUAGUUUAUUCCAAUAAAUUUCAAUUGAAAAACUGUAGAUGCGCUGUGAUAGCAAGUUUCGCUUCUUUUUGAUUCUUUACAAAAUCACCAAACAUGAAAAAUAUCAUCGAAUCAAAACGAAAAAGUUUAUAGAGAUUCUAUAAGAAUAGUUGUGCUUUGUAAAAGUCAUAGAAGCCUUAGUUACAAAUCAUUUUGCUCUUUGACUCCCAUUUUUCGAGUAAUAUUAUCAGUCUCGAUACUUUGUGAUAAGUCCUCAUGUAUAUAUAUAUAUAUAUAUGUAUCAAUAUAGAUAUACCAGAUUGAAAGGGUAUAAUAUAAAUUGUUUAAACUUUGUUGCUUGGGUGCUUUCUAUUAUAUAUAUAUAUACACUACAAAUCACACGAUUAUAAACCGGUGCUCAAAAUUAUAAGACUAUCAAUUUUAAUUAAAGGAGGUGUUUCUGCUUACCAGUUAGUCUUAAGAAAAUUCAAUGAUGGUUGAGAAUGAUUCAGUAUCAUUGCUUAUUAAUACUCAUCUUUUUCUUUCUUUUUAAAUGUUAAUAUGUUUAUUUGUAUAAACAAUGAUAGUCUUAGAGUUGUAUACAUAAUUUUGUACUUUGGGCCAUGUCCCUUUUUGCUAUAUAUAAUAUAUAUAUAAACAGACAUCAUUGAAUACUUCUAUUAUUUAUAAUGUAAAUAUUUUGAUUAAUUCAUUAAUUUAUUUAUUUAAUCAUAAUUUCUGAAUUAGUGAAUCAACUAAACCAUAUUUAUGGUCAUCAUGUAUGGGUAGAAAAUUAAUACGUACACCUUUAUUCAAUACUACAGAGACUGGGGAGUUACCAUUAGAAGUACCAACACUUGGUGGGUUUGUUUACUGUUUUUCUCUUUCUCCAGUUAAUUCAGCUGAGUAAGUAUUCUAAAACCAUAUAUUAUAUUUUUAUUUUCUUAAAAAUUAUAAUUUAUAAAAAAAAAACUUAAAUUUGAAUUAUGAUUAGUUUUGCAUUUGGUCUUGGGGAUGGAAGAAUAUAUUAUUGGAAUGUAUCUAAUAAGCGGCAAUUAGAAUUAAUCACAUUAAACUACUCUAUUGACUCAAAAGUAUUAUCUGUGAGUUAAGCACACAAAUAUUUAAUACUCAGUUUUUUUUUAAAUUUUAAAUUUUCUUUUAGUUAGCAUUUCAUCCACUUGAUGAAGGUUUAUUAGCAUUUGGUACUGCUGAUGGACGUAUCGGUAUCAUUAAUUUAACAAGAAAAAGAAACAAUGUAAACAUGUUAAAAACUGUUCUUGCUCAUUCAGUUUAUCGUUUAUGUUGGGCACCACUACCAAAUACAAAACUUGUUGAUAAUGCUAAACUUUCACUAUAUGCAGUUGGCAAUGGGCAAAUUAUAAUAUACAAUGAAAUGAACCUAUGGAAAGGUAAGUUGUAUUAUAAGUAAUGAGUGGUUAUAUUAAAAUUAUAAAUCUUUUUUCAUUCAACAAGUAUACUAUUGUUAUUAUUAUGCAUAUGGCGCUUAGUAAAACCAAAUUAUAAAUUAAUUUUAAAAAUAUACGAAAUAAAAAUUAAAUAUUGUUGAGGCCUGCCAUAGAACAAGAUUUAAAGGUGGGGUAGCAGCGCUGCAUGAUUGUGAACCUAUCCUAUUAAUAUUUUUAGGUAGUUUGUUUUUCUUUUUCUUUGUUUUAUUUUAUAUUUUAAGGAUACUGUUAAAAUAGUUUAAUAAAUACCUUUGAAAUAAAAAAAAGCAUUAAUUUAUUAAAUUUCAGAUCCAUAUAAUCUUAAAGAAUAUGUACAAUUUAAUGACAUUGAAGAUAAGCUUACAACUCCUGUAAAACGCAUUGAAAUGGCGUGGACAUUUAAUUAUAAUAUAGUUGCAAUAGGAAAUUCUAAUGGGUAUUUUUGAAAUACUAAAAAUAAAUAAAUUAUUAAUUCUUGUUUUAUUAUAGGAGCAUUUAUUUAUUAGAUGGGGAUACUUUAAAACUCAAAAAUAUAUUAUAUGGUCAUGAACAAUCAGUGGAAUGUAUUAUUUGGCAUCCAACACAUGUAACUUGUGAUUAUAGUGAAGAAUCUAAGUAUAAAAAUUAUUUUGCUUCAAGUUCACAUAGUAUUAGAAUACAUAAACUUAAUGAAGGUAUUUUAAAUUUGGCUAAUUAUUUUAACCGUAAGCUAUGUAUUACCUAUUGAUUUAAUGUACUUUUUUCAGACGGCACACCAUCAUUAGUAGUAGAAUUUAAGGGGCAUAAGGAAAAAAUUAAUGAAGUAGCAUGGAGUCCUCAUAGAAAUUUAAUACUUUUAAGUUGUUCAAAUGAUUUUACUGCCAAAGUAUGUUAUAAUAUUAAAAUUAUAAAAUCAAUUAAUUUACUUUACAUAAGAAAGAUGUAAUACUUAAAUUAUUAAAAAGAGAUACAUAUUUUAAUUUUAAGUUUUUCCAAUAUUAAAUUAAAUGUUGGAGCAAGAUUUCUGGUAGUAAAAUUGUUUACGGAUUAAAAAUAUUAAUAAAUAUCAGUAAAGCCAAUACUGUCUGAGAUACUACAAUAGGUUUAUCUACCUAGGACACCUAAUAUACAAUGGAAGGAGACAGUGGUAUACAGGUGUAAAUAUAUAUGGACCAUUUAGAUUAUAUUCAAAAUUGAGUAUAUAUCUUCCAUGAAUAAGUGUAUAUAAUAUAUAAUUCUAGCAUCUCACUAGACAUUUUUCUGGAAACCCAUUGUUUGUUCAUUAAUAACAUAAAUUACUUUGAUGUGUUUGAUUUUUUAUAGUAAGAUUGUAAUUUUCUUUAUUCUUUUUCUUUUCAGGUCUGGGAUGUACAAAAAUGUACACUAAUUGGUGUUUAUUCAAAACAUUUAUGUACUAUUUUAUGUGGUAUUUUCUCUCCGUUAGAUUAUGAUAUAGUAUUUACUGGCUCUGCAGAUCACUCUGUACAUUCAUGGAGAAUUUCUAAAGAUUUACACAAUGAUGUAGUCGACUUAAAAAGUAAACUUGUAUAAAAUAUAUUACUAUAAAUGUAUAAAUACAUAAUAUAAAUUGUAAUGUAUUUUUAAUAUUGCAGAAAACAAAGACACACCUAACAUUGUCAAGGAAAUAAUUGUUAUGAAAGAUAAUGAUAAUUCUAAACCAGGUAUUUAUUUUGUAUUAAUAUACUUUAUUUACAACAUACAUAGAAGGGAACAUUGUUUGAAAUUUGUUUAAACUUGGCAUUUUAUCAAAAUAGAUAAGCAAUGUACCAAGUGUCACUGAUGGAUAAUGUCUUAAUUUUAAAAACCAAAUUUUUUAACAUUAUUAACACAAAAAAAAAAUCUGCGCUACUGAUGGCAGUUCUGACUAUGUCUUAUGUAGACUAACUGAUGUAUUCUUUUAACUUUACAUAUAACUGUAAAUAAAUUAAACUUUUUUAAGUUUCCACUGGAAAUAAAGGUGUUUCUGUCAAAAGUUAAACUUCAAGGUUGAUAUUAUCAUUAAUUAUUCAAUAGACAAAUAGCCCAUGGUGUAGGGAUUUAGGCUAAUCCUCCCCAUGAUAUGCAACCAUUUAAGUAAUUUGCAUAUGUAUCAAUUCUCUAAAGCAACUGCAUCCUUCAGGUAGCGAAUAUUAACGUAGCUUGAACUAUUUUCCUAUUGUACAAUCUUGAACAUUUUAAAAUUGUUAAUUACAAACACUGUCAAAUAAUUGGGGAUUAUCAAGUAGCCUUGAUUUUAAUUGUAAUUAUUAUGAAUUUAAGUAUUUUAAUUGAUAAAACAUUAAAUUAUUACAAACAACUUGUUGCCUUUCAUACUUGGUUUUUUGUGUCUUAGGUAAUUGCACUUAAUUAUAAUAACUUCCAACACAAUUUAUUAAAAAUAAUAUUCAACUUUAAACUUUAACCAUUUAAUUAAAUCAUAUAUUUUUUUUAAACAUUGGUUCUGACAAAAAAUGUAAUUAAAUGGUAUGGAUUUAACAAUAAUUUUUAAUAUUUAUAGGCAACACUGAAUCAAGGUUACAACAGUUUCCUUUAUCAAGUUAUGAUCUAUACAUGGGAAAAUAUUUAGAAGAAGCUGUAUAUAAAUUUAUCGAUUCAAAUUAUCAUGAAAAUAAAACAUAUGUAGACAGCAAACAAAUUAAUUAUUUGGCAUUCUUUGGCAAAACUGAAGAAAUGAAAGAGUUAUUAGUAAAAGAAUGUAAGUUAAUAAAUUAUAAAAAGUGUGACAUAGAAUAAAAUAAAUAAAUAGUUUUUUAGGCUAUAAACAUUACUUAAAAUUUUAAUUUUCUUCAACUUAAUUGAUAUAUUUCAUAAAUUAUAUUUGACACUGUUAUUUAUAAUUUUUGAGUGACAUCCAAUAUGAAACAUGAAAUAAAAACAUUUGAAUUAUUAUUUAUUGUUAUUACUCUAAUACUAAUAAUAAUAUUACAAAUUUCACAGCAUACUUAUAUAUAUUAGGGUGGUAUAAAACAAAUUGCUUAUGAAAUUCAAUAUGAGUACCUCCCCGAUUUUUAAUUAGUGUGAAAAUAUGGACCCGAUAACUCAUCCUCUUCCCCUGGCCGAAAUAAGCUUGAAUUAUGGCACAAAGAUGUUGUUUUUUAAUUAUUUCAAAAUAUUUCUAAAAAUGUAAUUUUUUAUUUAUUUAUUUAUUUAUUUAUUUAUAAACAAAAUACAGCUAAAUAGAUCUUAUUUCAUUAUAAUAUUCAAUCUUAAACCAAUUUUUAAAAAAUUAAAUUUGUUUUCAUUAUGUCGUAAUACUUUUUAUUAGUACAUUUUUUUUAAGAUGAAAGUAUUUUCUAUAAUUUAUAAUUUAAAUUUUAUUAUUUUAUUUUUAAAAAUUGGCUAAAGAUUGAAUAUUAUAAUGAAAUAGGACCUAUUUCGUUGUAUCUUGUUUAUAAAUAAAUAAACUAUAAACUAAUCUAAAAUAAUUUGAAAUAAAUCUAAAAAAACAACACCCUUAGUUCACAAUUCAACCCUAUUUUGGCAUGGGAAGGAGAUGAAUUAUCUAUAUCGUCCAUAUCGUUAUCUAAUUGAUUGAUAGCCAUGCAAAUUGUAUCCCUUUAUUUUGUGUGCAUUUCAGAUAGCUCAAAAAAUUUACAUAUUCCUGAUAUAAAAGAUUUUGCUUCUUUCAACGAUGACCAACCUCUGUCUCCUCUUCCUCGUAAUCAUCAUUUUGCUGAUUGGCUGUAGUAGAUUGUAUAAUUCCUCGUCAGGAAAAGUACCAGCAGCUGCUAUUGAAAUAUUAUUCUUGCAUUGAGUAAACCAAGCCAUAAGUCAUUCUUCUAAAUCAGGGUACUCACAUUUUCUCUAUCUGAUCUUUGAUGAGUAAUGUGUUAAUCUUAUAGGAUAGCCCUUUUGUUUGAGUAUAGUUGAAAGCGUAGAAGCUGGGAUACAAAAUCAUAGAGCAACAUUUUUUUUUUUUCAACUGCUUCAAUUGCUGCGAUCACUUUUUUUGUCUGCGAUCAACAAACACUUAUACUUUACGAGACCCAUAUUCCGACUGACUACGUUUUAUUCAAUUUUAACAACUGUUUACCCAUUGUAGAGGUUUAUUUUGGUAAAAUGAUACUAUUUAAGUCUAGAUUAGGUAGGUAAGGUACGAUAAUAUUUAAUCGUUAUUAGUUUUAUUACGAGUACUUCAAAUAAUAAACAUAAUAAAAUAAAUAAUAACAAAUAAUUAAAUGUCAAUAUAAUCUUUAUACAUACAUAUAAUCGCAUUUAAGAAAAAUUCAAAUUAUAGAGAUUCUGGAAAAAAAAAAUUGAAUUGUAGAGUGGGUCCAUCUGAUAGACAUAUAUUUUUUUCUAAUUAUAGAGGUUUUCUCAGGGGACUAAGCAUUUAGUUUGAUUUAUGGAGUUUUUCGAAUUAUCAAGUGACUACUUUACUAAGCAUUCCAUGGUGUCAUUGACCAGAUUCCCUAUGGUUUUUAUGUACCGUAGAUUUUUUGGUUUAUUUUAAACUAAAAUAAGGCCUCAUUUUUUGAAAAUUUUCCAUUAAUUUUUGAAAGUAUCAUUAAUAUUGAUUUGAUGACAUUUUUUUUAGAAUUAAGUAACAAAUGUUUUAAUCAUAAUGAUUUUUAGAAAAAGGGAUAAGUAUAGUAAGUAUUAAGUUGUUAAAGCAAGACAAUAAAUAAUCUUGUGAAGCCUUUCUGAUUUUGAUUAUAAUUUUUUUCUCAAAUUAUAAAUAAGUGAAUAGGUAUGUUCUACACCAAAGGAAAAUCAAAUUUUACCAAAAAAAUUAUAUUUUCUAUUUUUUUAUGUUUAAUACUAGCAUGAAAUAUCAUUUUUCAGAAAAUAAUAAUACUUGUUCCAUUCAUCAUAAUUUAAAAAUAUGAUUAAACCACUUAUUUUGAACUUCAAAUGCUGUAAAAAAAUCAAUUUUAAAAAUUAAUUAAAUUAAAUUAAAUUAAAAAUAUUAAUGAUGGUGGCUUCAAAAAUCGAUGAAUAAAUUUCACAAGUUUAGAGACCUCAUUUUGGUCUAAAAAAAAAAAAAAAAAACUAAAUAGUUCACUAUUCAUCAAAAUCACAAUGAUUUAGGGCAAUGUUUCCAUGAUUUGACGGAUUUUAUAUUUAUAUGAUUUCCCAUAUAUAUAAAAUUAAUUAUAAGGUAUAAUUUUUAUAAAUUUCAAACUUAAGCAACAUUUGUGUAUUUAUGGAUUUAUUUUUAUAACUGAAGAAUAAAAAAUUAUUAAUAAUAAUAAAUAAUAAUUGAUAAUUAAUGUAAUAAUGAAUAUACUUGUGUAUAGACCAUGCAUUGAAACUGAAAUCUUCAAAUCAAAUAACUUCUUGCAUAAACAAUAUAAAUAUGUGGGGGCAGAAUUUAGAAGGUUAUUUUAACGAUGCAAUUGAAACAAAAACCAUAAAUGAUUGGAUGAUAUCUGUUGCUCCGACUGUUAGUUAUGAGUAUGUGUUUUUAUAUAUUUUGAAUUAGUUUUAUAUAUUCUAAUUUAUUUCUGUAUUAAUAUUUAGUUUAUGGACAAAAAUGUGUGAAGUAUAUGCUGGGCAAUUAGAAGAUAUUGGAGAUGUUACUAAAGCUUCCACAUAUUUAAUAGCUAUAAAAAAAGUAAAAGAAGCAGCAAUAAUGUUACUUAAAAACAAUUUAUUCCGUGAAGCUUUAGCAACUAUUAGGAGCCAAGAAAAACAAGAUGAUAAUACCAUACUAGAAAUAACAAAGAAAUGGGCUGAAUACAAUAAUCUUCAUGGACAUCCCAAAGAAGCUGCUCAUUGGUAGGUUAUUUAAAAUGUUCACAAUAUAUUUAUUUAUUAUUUUUUUAAUUUUUUUUUUUAAGUUACUUGAGUAUAGGUGAUGCACAAAAUGCUAUUUCUUGCUUAAUGAAAGUUAAACAGGUUAAAGAAUUGACAUUAGCUGCCCAAUUAGCAAGGUAUGUAGAUGAAGAAUUAGAACAAUCAUUGGUGAUUAACAUUCUGAAAAUGGAAUACUUUAAACAUCACAAAUGGAAUGAAGCUAGAGAAUUAUUAAAAAACCACCCGAAACUUUUUGUAUGGAUUCCACACAAUUUAUACUUAAAUUUUAUUUUAACAAUUUUUAAUGAAACUGUUUGUAUAUAUAGUAUUUAAAAAUGUGGGUUGAUGUUCAUGAAGCAAUGUUUCAAUUAGAUACUAAAGUCACCCAAAAUAUAUUUAAAAACUGGAUUUAUUCUACAGCAAAUGAAGGAAAUAUUUCAAUAUUAGAUUAUAUUAUUAAAAAUGUAGAAUAUAAACCUGAUUAUUAUGAUAAAUUAGUGAAAACUGUAGAGUCUGAAUUCAUAUCUGAUACUCUACUUUUGAUGCCAAAGGUAAAGUAGACAGUAUAUUAGUUAUUAACAAACCUUUGAAUUUUACUACAUUAAUCAACAUUUUAUAUUUACAUCAAUACAUUUACGCUAUAGUAAAAAUAUUUAUAAAAAAAAAAAAGAUGAAUAGAGUAAUUUUAUUUUUAUCUUUAUUCAUUGUUUCUUUAUGGUCAGCACUAAUAAACAAAUAAAUCUGCUUUUGAUAAAAGUAAUUUAUAUCCUUUCUCUAGAAAUUAAAACAGCUAUUACUAAGAAACUAUUUUCUGGAUAUAUAUGUUUGACGCAUGCAAAUUUCUAUAAUAAUAUUAUUACAAAAUCGUUACUUUGAAAAUUGAACAAAUAAAUAAUUUUUUUUUUUUCUGGAGAUUUGGGGAGAAAAUAAAAAAUUGUAUUUAUCUCUAAAUAUUAAUAAUAACCAACUCCCAGUCAAACAAAAUCUGAUAACAUAAAAUAUUAACAAAGAUAUUAGUAUUAGGAAAAUAUUUGGUGGUACAAUCUGUAUACACUUCAUUAUUCUGUAUAACUUACCUUCCCAACAUCUACAACAGAAGUAGAUUUAGUUUUAUUAUUAUUAUUUAAAAAGUUAGGUUUAACACAUUAAAGCUUGAUUUUUACAAUGUAUACAAGUGUUAUUAUAGUAAUUUAUCAUAAUUGAAAAUAUUAUUAUUUACACUUACUUAAAUUUAUUUUAUUAUUUAGAUCACUGUAUUCAUAGCGGGACAAUUUUGUUUAAUAGCCCUUCAAUAUAAAAAAACUGGAUUAAUUACUACUGAUUCUCAAAAACAUUUAAUAAAAUGUUUCGCUGUUGCUUAUAAUUAUGAGACAGUUCAUACAGAUUCUAAAUCAAAGUUUAAUAAACUUCUUACUAGGUUGUUAAUGUGGAUAUUCCCUCAAGGUAAUUACAGUAUUAUACUUAAUUAAUCUUUGUUAUUAAAUUUAUUUAUGUUUCCACUUAUAUUAGGACCAUUGACAUUGGAUUUAUGUUCAAAUUUUGAAUUAAAUGAAAAUCUAAUGAAAACCAUUCGAGCUUAUUUGGGUUAUGUUUGUUUUUCAUGGUUACACCCUAUAUAUACUAGUUUAAAUAAAAAAAUUAACCAGGUAUUAAAAGAAAAUGAUAUUGAUGAGAGAAAAAAUGAAAAUUACUACAAUAAUUAUGAAGAAAUUAGUAUUUUAACUAAUAAAUUUCAACAACUAUUGAAUAAUUACAUACACAAUAUAAUAGAUAUUGAAACUUCAAAUUACUUUAAAGCAAAAAAAGAAAUUGAGCGCAUAGAUCGACUGCUCAGUACCUGUUGUAUUCCAGUUGAAAUUCAAAGUAUGUUUUUUACAAUUUGUUCCAUAAUACUUUGAUAAUGAUCUAAAUUCUCUUUAAUUUAGAUAAUGAGAGCACUAAAUCCAUUAAAGCUGUUGGAGAACUAGAAGAUAUUCAAGUUUCUGAGAGUAAAAGAGAAUUAUUAGAACUCAAUGUAUCUAGAAUGGAAUCAUUAACUGAAAAUAUGAAGGAGUGUGAAGUUGUUAAUUACAAAUUAAGCAAACUUAAUAAAGAUGAUGAAUCUAACUUUAGUAAAUCUCAUCAGUAUAAGGAAAUAAAUAAUGAUCAAAAUAAUUAUUCUAAUAAAAACUAUGAUUUAGUUGGUGCAAAUGAUAACUCAGCUAUAUCAGACUGUAAAAUAAAGUUGACUAAUUCAUUAGAGCAAAAUGCAUGUUUUACAGACUUAAAUAAUUUAAAAAAAAUUGAAAAUUUUAAAAAAGAAGUAGCCCAUUUUUUCCAAAAUAUUGAAACAGAGUUAAAUAAAUAUCAUAAUUAUUCAAAUGAUCAAUCGACUAUCAAACAUGUUGCCCAUUUGGAAACUGAAGCAUCAAAGAAAAAAGAAUUAGAAAUUAUUGUAGCAGAAUUUGAAAAAAACCGAAUAAAUUCUCCCAAUCCAUUUACAUUUGUAGCUGAGUUAAACUGUUUUAUUCAUGCAUUUGAUCAACUAAAAUAA